GGCGACUAGGACUAGCUUUUUAUCCAAUAUCUCGGCUACUGAUGCAAAAGUAUGCUGUCUGAUAAAGGCCAUUGAAUCUCUCGUCUAGUGGCUUUCACCCAUAUCUACUGAUGGAUUAGGUUUAUCUAAGGUGCCUCAGUGGAUUAUCUGAGAGUACAUUGAUUGACUGUUAGUUGGACAUGAUUUUAUUUCCUGUCACUUAAAUUUAAUGAACUGUGAGCUGUAAAAGCUGUGAGGUGUUGUGAAGGGAUAUGGAUGGUGUAAAACAGUUAUUUUACUUUUGAACAAUUCAAUCAGACAGUGGAUAUAUAGUAACCACUAUGAUGUUACUUCUGGCUUAUUUAAUGAAAUUUAAUAAAACGUUGGGAAUGAUACAUGCAAUGGGUUAUAUUCUCUGCAGAAGACAGUGAUGAUAAUGAUGAACUUUUUUGACUGUAUCAUGAAAGCCUGUCAAAGACUAUCAAACUAUCAGCACCACAAAACCUAGCCACAAAGGUGUUCAUCUAAAAUGGAUGUUUGAAAACCAAGAACUUCGAUACUACCCUAAGCAUGACCUUUCAUAAAAUUCUAAUAACGGCAAGUUUGACACUGUGUUUUACACUUUUCACUGAUUGCUAUGGAAACAAUGUGCCCUACAAACACGAUGCACUUAAAGAGGAUGCUGUGUAUGUGGACAACAUGGUUACCCUGGAAACGCAAACACGUAGCCAGGAUGUAAAGCAGCACAUGGGAGGUCAAACCAUAAUUAAACCAUCUGAACCAGAUGUGGACAACAAUGACCUUGAACUUGACAGGGAUGGAGAUGACCUUGAGGAAGUAAAAGUGGUCACAGAAUCCAUGGGAACAGAUACGGCCCUGAUUCUAGUUCGCCUCAUUGAUGAGCUGAAAAAAGAGAUGAGUGACUUGAAGAAAUCAAGUGAAAAUGACAGGAAAGAGUUGAAGCAUCUCAAGAGUUUGCAGGAGAGCGAAAGGACCAAGUAUGCCCAGCUAGACGAGAAAGUUCGACAACACGCUAACAGACUAGCUGUGAACACUGCUGACAGGACCAAGUAUGCCCAGCUAGACGAGAAAGUUCGACAACACGAUAACAGACUAGCUGUGAACACUGCUGAGAUUAUCCAAAUGAGGCAGUCCGUAACCGAGGCCUGGGACAAGGUCGUUGCUAUGGAGGAAACUGUUAGUGACCACAGUGCACUCAUUGAAGGCAUCGAGGCAUUUCAGAAGGAGGCCUCCAAGGAACUGCGUCGCUUCCGUGAAUACAGAGAGGACAAGGCUGCCAAACGCUUCCAUCAGUUGACCAACAUGGUGGAGAGGAACCAGCGAGACCUGGCGACACUAGGGAACCAGCUACAGAGGUCGGACGUGCAGGUCCAGAACUUGUCGCAUGCCGUGAUGAUUUUAAACGAGCGAAAUAAAAGUCUCAGUGAUGACAUGAGGAAUGUGUCACUAUCACAGCUUGAGAUUUACAAUUCUUUAGAUGUUAUGAGAAUUUUAUUGAAUGAAUCGGUGGAGAAUAUAUCGAAAAGUUGUGAACAAAAUAUACAACAGUUUGCAGAAAAACUUUCAGAGUUAUCAAUACGCCAUACAUAUAGACAAAAGUUGCCAAAUCAGUAUAAGGAAGUGGAAAAAAAUGAAGGCCAGAAAAUUGAAAUUAUGGAGUUUGGUUCCGGAGAUAUAAGUGAUAAAUACCUGUCAAAUUUUGAAGAACAAACUAACAUUAUUGGAGUGAAUGUAGGCAUUAAUGCGAUUGAUAAUGUCUACGGUAGUGGGGAAACGACCCAUGAUGGAAGUGGUGAAAGUGAACAAUUACCUCCCUUUAUUAAUGUUGAUCUCAGCAACUUUGUGCACAAAUCUGAAUUCAUAAUGGAGAACAUGCAGCUCAAAUCUAUGUUGGAAGACUUUGCCCAAAAGCAUGAGAACAUGAGUGUAUAUAUACAUCAAUUAGAGACGAAACUAGCCAGUAUACAGCUGGGAAAUUUCAUGCAAAAUCUUCAGGACUCAUUGAUCAACUUUACUCAAAAUGUCAUCACACUUGAUCAGUGGAAGGUCUCGAGUACUCAGAUUGUCAACUCCACAUUGACCAAUCAGGAUCAAAUACUCAAACUAACAAACAUGGUGAUCGAAAACCAGGACAAAGUGUUGGACCUUAAAUGGAAAGUAUCCAAUGGAGAAAUAGUGGCUGACCGACAGUUUAAUAUACUUCGGAUGCAUGUAAUUCGGAUGAAUAACUCCUUAGAGGAUAUAAAAGAGGCGGUGCAGAAAUUGCAACAAAAGCAAAACAAACCGACACAAAAUGGUUUUCAAUACCGGCCAUUGUUUGGCAACCAGAUCAAAUUUGGUGACCCAGAUUUGCAAAACCAGUCUGAGGAAACUGAGUACGGGCCAAAUAUAGACGCAAUACACACAUUGAUGUCCAGACUGGACCAAAUCGGUCUCCAGGUAGUUUUCAAUCAAAACAGACUGGGUAACCUUGAGGUUAAGAUAUUAAAUGACUCACUCGCGUCGUGUAUGAAAUUCAACAUGGACUCUGCCCAAGACACAAUGCUUGCCAGCCACGAGUCUGUUAUCAAAGCUAAUACGCAGUCUAUUGUCCUGACAAACAAUCUAAUCAAAGAACUCGACAGACUGGUCCAGUCACUGAACCACCAGAUCAAGCUAAACGCGCACAGGAUUCGAGCCUCGGACACAACCAUUGAGUCUCUCAAGGGACUGGUUCCUGCAAUGAUGGCCAUCAAGAAGGAAACAGACAACUUGCUGUUGCAGCUGCCAACAGACUGUUCAGAAUAUCAAGAGCGCGGCUACAGGAAGUCUGGUGUCUAUGUGAUCCAUCCAAUCACAGCGCAGGGCUCUAGUCUUGUCAAGUGUCACAUGACUCAAGAUGGCGGCUGGACAGUGAUACAGCAUCGCUUUGACGGCAGCCUGGACUUCAAGCGUAGAUGGAGCAACUACGCUGACGGUUUCGGUUCCGCUAAUUCAGAACAAUGGCUGGGCAACAACAUGGUGCAUCUACUCACUUCUCAUAAGAAUUACUCACUGAGGAUUGAAAUGGUGGACAUAUACAACGUGACUUGGCUGGCAGAGUAUGACCAUUUCUUCAUUUCCAGAUUAGAAGACCAGUUUGCCCUCCAUGUCUCAGGUUACCAUGGUAAUGCCACUGAUGCUAUGGGAUACUCAUCUGGGAUACCCUUCAGCACCAUGGACAAUGACAAUGACGGCAGUAGCUUGAACUGCGCUUUUUUCUAUGAGGCCGGCUGGUGGUACAAGCAUUGUCAAACAUGUAACCUCAAUGGUCGCUAUGACCUGGGCUUCCUGUGGUUUAAUUCGGAAACCAGCACGUACAUACAACUCAGGUCAUCUGUGAUGAAGAUUCGAGCCCGAAUCUAACAAACAUGCCUGUGAUCAUUAAACUAUGGAGAUUCGCGCGAGAAGAUAAUACACAUGCCUCUGAUUAUUAGACUACCAUACUGCAAAGAUGGAAUUUAAAAAAGAAGUAACAAAUAUGGCUCUGGUAUAUCAAAACAGCAUCUGAAGAGCAGUAAUUGAUGAGGCUGAUAUUAACCAUGGGGGUCAAGAUUAACAUAUGAAGAGCAGAAAUUGUAGGGUCAGGAAGAUUUUCCAAGUAAUUCACAAGUACCCAGCAGGUCUACAGGCUGUUAUAGAAUACAACCCGACAGAGGCUAUAGAGCCACUUGACCACCAACAGUUGAUCUUUAAACGAGCCUUGUUCAAGGAAAACUGAACUUACUAUAUGUGCGCAAACUGUUGUUGCAGAUUAGCCUGUGCAGUCUGCACAGACUUAAAGGGGAUGACACUUUCCGCGUAAAUUAGAUCUUCAUUAAUAAGAAAAUUUUCUUUAAAGGAAAUAUUCCAUAACAGUUGAAAGUGUCAUCCCUGAUUAGCCUGUGCAAUCACCUCGGGCUAAUCUGGGAUGACACUUAAAGCACAUGCAUAAAGCAAUGUUUACCUGAAUGGGGCUCAAAUGCUAUUGGCUAUAUCAAAUGAAAGACAAAUUAUAAUAUCAAAAUGCUUUUGCAAUCAUGAAAUAAUUUGCAAUAUACAAUUUAUACUAAAACAUUCUUAUAUCUUAUGUUUAUAAAAAUAUAUAUACACAUAAUGUUACAAUUCCUAUGGCUACAAUUUAUAUUAUGAAUGUUAACAGCAGGAGUUUUCAGUACAACUGCAUAUGUACACUCAGGAAUCCUAUCCCAUUACCCUUUACCACUUAUUUGUACGUAUACUUAUUUGUACACAUUCGUUGUCGCUUAGAAAGUUUAAUUUAAUUUAGGACCAUUUUGUACUAAAGUCAAGUUUUAAAGGCUUCAUUUUCAACCCUUAGUUACUGAUGAGCAGCAAACAGCAUACAACCUGCAGCCUUACAACCUGAACAGGCUGCGAGUUACUUGAUUAUUGAAAUUUUUAAUAGUGUUUUAAAUAGAAUCUGGAACUGUGAUCAUAUGUUUUAUACUUAACAUUUACAUUUUCAGAUAUAUAAAGCCAGUAUCA